AGAGGCUUCAGGUGCAGAAGACAAGAAGGCACCAUGCUCGCCUUACUCAUUUUGCUUAUGGGCGUCAGCCAGAGUCAUGCCAUCAGUCUGAUUCAAACCUCAACAGGGUCUUUGGAUGAUAAGGGGGUCUGCCACUGCUCCGUCGCACUCCCAGACACUACGUUUCCCGCAGAUCGACUGGAGAUCCUGGAGAUAACCAACCGCAAUCUGAGCAUCACCAUCCAGAAGGAGAUCACUAAGAUCCACAGCUAUCAGAGUGUACUGAUUGUGUAUAUAGAGAAGCUGAAGAACCUGACCAUACGUGUGGAGGAGAUGGAGAAGGGUGGAAUCUCUUACACCGAGCUGGACUUUGAGCUGGUGAAGUUGGAGAUCAGGGAGAUGGAGACCAUCAUUCUGCAACUGAAAUCCUCAUUAAAUGGCUCCAAUGUCCUGGUGGAGACUCUGUACUUGGAGAUCCGUAACAUUUCCAUUAUGGUGAACCAGCUGGAGGUCUAUGAUAAGAACAAUGUGUUGGCAAUUAGAAGGGAAAUAGUGGCUCUGCAACAACGUCUGAAGGACUGCGAGAAGAACAAUACAAACCCAAAACCAAAUCCUCAGCCUCCCCUGCCUCCAGUGGACUAUGGUACUUGCGACCAUGGAGAAAUCACGAAUAUCAGCAGACCUUUUGUAGUACAGCUGAACUGGCUGGGAUUCAGCUAUAAAUAUGGAGGAUGGGGAAGAGAUUCAUUACUAGGAGCUGAUCAGAGUGUUCAGUGGGUAGCCCCUCUAAAUACAGAUGCAAGAAUAAUGAACACCCUACGCUUCUACUCUUCCUAUAAUAAUCUCCUGAUCUACUCAAAUUAUAUAGAAAAGGUUCUUCUUAGGGGUAAUGAUUAUAGCAAUAAUGGACAAGGAGGUGGGAUGAUUAUGUACAACAACAUAAUGUACUAUAACUGCUACAACUCCAGGAACCUCUGCAAAUUUAACACACAGACCAAUGUGGUUGAGCGCCAAGUUCUCCCUGAUGCCACCUACACUAACCGCUUCUCGUAUUCAUCCUCAGCUUGGCAGGACAUUGACCUGGCCAGUGACGAAGAUGGUCUUUGGGUCAUUUAUGCAACUGAACAGAAGGGUGGUAACAUUCUCAUUAGUAAACUUAAUGCCACUUCUCUUGCAGUAGUGCAAACCUGGUCCACCUCCCAGUACAAACGAGGGAUCACCAAUGCAUUCAUGGUGUGUGGGGUUUUAUAUGCUACGAGAACCCUCAACACAAAACAAGAGGAGAUUUUCUAUAUGUACGACACUAAAACUAAUAUAGAAGGGUAUCUGAGCAUCCAAUUAUACAAGAUGAUGGAGAAUGUACAGAGCCUGUCCUAUAACCCCAAUGAUCACAAGCUGUACAUGUACAAUGAUGGCUACCUGGUCACUUAUGACCUCACUUUCAUGCCCCCCCAAGGAAAGGAGUCUAACAUUUAAUUUAUUGCAUUCCAGAAUCAAUGUUAUGAGUGCUAUGAGGCUCAAGUAGACUCUAGUGUCUAUUUACCCAAAUUCUAAAGAGCUUUAGUAAUACAAAAUACACAGUCAUUACAAUAGUUUCUUAGUCUAAUAGUUUCUUAUUUGAUUCUUUGAUGAUGUCAUAAUGUACACUAAGCAGUAGAGUUCCAAUAAAUGCAU